AUGCGGAGGAGCAGAAGCACAAACAGCCUCCUUCCUCUUGAUCUUGAAACUGAACGAACACUUCAGAGAGUGAGGAGGAAAGUCGAAGCUAGAACAAGAAUAGAAAGAGAGUUGGACAUCAUAGUUCAACCACACCCAAUAGAGAUGGCAGUUAAUGAAGAGCGCCCGGUGAUAAAAGCUGCAAGGCCCAAUCUUACUAAUAUGACUCAGGCUAUUACAAAGUCGUUGAGGAGCCAGAUUCUUGGGUUCCAACAACGGGAUGGUGAGACUCUUCGUCAAGCUUGGGAAAGAUACAAAAAGCUACUCAGAGACUGCCCGCAUCAUUAUCAGAUUGAUGAGGUGUUGGUUCAUACUUUCGUUGAUGGGUUAGACGAAGUGUUGGGUCAUACUUUCGUUGAUGGCAAGGAUGGGGAAUCACGAAGAGCAAUUAAACAGAAAGCGGUCGGUGUAAUUGAGCUUGAUGACUUCUCAGCCAUGAGAGCAGAUAUAGCAAAAUUGGCAAAUCAGAUGAAUAGAAUGACAAUGCAUCAAACACAACAGAUGCAACAUAAGAGAAAGGAUAAACCUAUACCUGAGGGAGAGUAUAUUCCUAAGGCAACACAUGAGUCAAAGAAAGUUGAUGCAAGUUCAGAGCCAGUGAAUGUUGCAAGGCCACCACCACCUUUCCCCAAAAGAUUGCAGAAGAAGAAUGAUGAUCGCAUGUUCAACAAAUUUCUCGCUAUGUUGAGCCAGGUUAAAUUGAAUAUUCCAUUAGUAGAUGUACUUCGCGAAAUUCCAAAGUAUGCUAAGUACAUAAAAGAUAUAGUGGCUUACAAGAGAAGAUUGACUGAAUUCGAGACAGUCGCACUUACUGAAGAGUGCACUUCAAGGGUCCAAAACAAGCUUCCUCAAAAGCUUAAGGAUCCUGGUAAUUUCACCAACCUUGUGCGGAUUGGUAAUAUCGAUAUGGGUCGUGCUCUUUGUGAUUUGGGGGCGAGCAUAAAUCUGAUGCCCUUGUCCUUGUUCAAGCAAUUGGGUCUGGGAGCUCCAAGACCAACCACUGUGAUGUUGCAACUAGCUGAUAGAUCCAUAGCCUACCCUGAAGGAGUGAUUGAAGAUGUGUUGCUGCAAAUUGGGAAAUUCAUCUUCCCAGCAGACUUCAUUAUCCUAGAUUAUGAGGCUGUUAAACAAGUUCCAAUAAUAUUGGGACGACCUCUCUUGGCUAUAGGUGAUGCGAUUAUUAAAGUGACAAAGGGAAAAAUGAUUAUGAGGGUGGAAACGAGGAAGAAAUCUUUAGUAUCUACAAGGAAAUCCAACUUCCCCGCCAUUAUGAGGAGCUCUCUAUGA